GGGGGACGCGGGUUCGUGCCCCGGUCCGGGAAGAUCCCACAUGCCGCGGAGCGGCUGGGCCCGUGAGCCGUGGCCGCUGAGCCUGCGCGUCCGGAGCCUGCGCUCCGCAACGGGAGAGGCCACAACAGUGAGAGGCCCGCGUACCGCAAAAACAAAAAACAAAAAACUGUGGGUGACCAUUCUUCAAAGCUGUGGCUGCCUGGCUGACCUGACCUCUGGCACUGGGAUCUCUGUAUUGAAGAGAGUAGGAAACAGCCUGACACGUGUCUCGGAGCACCUCCUACUUUGAGAACCACUGCCCUGUGGGAACCUCGGGGCUGGAGAGUAGUGAUUUGGUCGGUGAAUCCCCAUCCAGCCUGUGGCUGGCAGAUGGGGGCAGCACCCGGCAACCCUUCUGUGUCUGCUUACAGGGAACAUUGAGUACAGCUGCCCGGCCACCAACGAGUGUGAGAUCACGAAACGGAGGCGCAAGUCCUGCCAGGCCUGUCGCUUCAUGAAAUGCCUCAAAGUGGGGAUGCUGAAGGAAGGUGUGCGCCUUGACCGAGUGCGUGGAGGCCGCCAGAAAUACAAGCGACGGCUGGACUCAGAGAGCAGCCCGUACCUGAGCUUACAGAUUUCUCCUCCUGCUAAAAAGCCAUUGACUAAAAUCGUCUCCUACCUGCUGGUGGCUGAGCCGGACAAACUCUACGCCAUGCCACCCCCUGGCAUGCCAGAGGGCGACAUCAAGGCUCUGACCACUCUCUGUGAUCUGGCAGACAGGGAGCUCGUGGUCAUUAUUGGCUGGGCCAAGCACAUCCCAGGCUUCUCCAACCUCUCUCUGGGGGACCAGAUGAGUCUGCUGCAGAGCGCCUGGAUGGAGAUCCUCAUCCUGGGCAUCGUGUACCGCUCGCUGCCCUACGACGACAAGCUGGUGUACGCUGAGGACUACAUCAUGGACGAGGAGCACUCCCGCCUCGCGGGCCUGCUGGAGCUCUACCGGGCCAUCCUACAGCUGGUGCGCAGGUACAAGAAACUCAAGGUGGAGAAGGAGGAGUUUGUGACGCUCAAGGCCCUGGCCCUGGCCAACUCAGAUUCCAUGUACAUCGAGGAUCUGGAGGCGGUCCAGAAGCUGCAAGACCUGCUGCAUGAGGCGCUGCAGGACUACGAGAUGAGCCAGCGCCACGAGGAGCCGCGGAGGACGGGCAAGUUGCUGCUGACGCUGCCCCUGCUUCGGCAGACAGCCGCCAAGGCCGUGCAGCACUUCUACAGCAUCAAACUGCAAGGCAAGGUGCCCAUGCACAAACUCUUUCUGGAGAUGCUGGAGGCCAAGGUCUGAUGGCCUGGCACAAGGACCGACUCCCACCCAAGGACAGACACACCGACGGGGAGACCUCCACAGCCACCAGCCUCAACAUUCAAGUCCUGUAUCGUGGCCACGAGCAGUCCCAGAGGAAGGGGCUCCUGGCCUCCUGGCUGUGUGCAGAGUCCUGGGUGCUGUGGGGUGGGGAACGGGGAUGGGAGGGCAGGGCACGGGGCUCAUCUGUAACUGGCUUUUUCUUUGGUACGUUUUUCCUCCGCCACGGGCAACGCUGAGGCCUGGGCCAGAGCUGACUCCCCUGAGGCUGGAGACCACCGAGGAAGCGCCCCCUCUCCCUGCCAGAUCACCAAGAGGCAGCACUAACAUAACACGUUUCCUAACCCCAUGCCCGAGCCCCCUGUCCUCUGUCCGUGGCCUGGGUGGGCAGUGCUUAGCGCCCAGGACUCUGGCAUACUCAAGUGGGGUACCUUCUGGAGGUUUCCCUUUCCCAGAGGGCAGUUACUUUCUUGCAGUGGUGCUGCCUACUCUGGGGUUCUGUGGGGCCCCUCAAGAGGCCCUACGCCUUCCACAGUCCAGACGGCUCCCUCCCUCCAUCCUUCCUCUAAGCUCCCAGGCCCGGCUCACCAUCAGGAGAGUAGCCUCCAGAACUCAUGCGUUUUCCUGGUUACCCCACCCCUCGGCGCACCCCCUGCCCGCCUGUCACCGCGGCCCCAGGGCCUGUCCUCCCCCUCUCUCCCCCAGGAGUCCUGCUGCUACUUCCGGCCCUACCUCAGAGCUCACUCCCGCAGUGGGUUCAGCCAGCCAAGACUUCAGGGCCCGUAGGUGGGAAUGGUGCUGGCUCAGAGAAGAGCAGGGUCCAGGCAACACUCCCCAGCGCUCCCCCUUCUUCUGGCUUCUCCCACUCCCCGGGGGCAGGUCCAGAGCAGGUAGGCCUUGGGAAGUGAGGGAUAUGCAGGGGCCUGACCCCAUCUGAGGGCACCCUGGGCACUUGAUUCUGGCAGCCCUGGGAGGACCGGGUCGGGAUAGGGAGAGGCCCAAACCAAUCUUUGCCGAGCACAGAAAGUCCCAGAAGCAGAGAUGAGCAGGCGGGGAAACCCUGAAGACAGAGGCUCGGUGGAGGUCACCAGCCUGCCUGAUCUUUCCUGGUAUCCAGGGGCAGUGGACACCGAAGCCCCCUCCCCUGCAUUCCAAGGGCUGGGUGAAUCAGCGCCACAGGAGGGGUUGCUCCUGCCCUCCUUGGCCUAAGGAGGCAUAGCGUAGCUCCCUGGGUGCACUUAGAAGACCAGCUUUCUGGCAGGACAACCACUCCGGCCCCCCGUCAGUCCUCCAGGCUGCUGUGUAAGGUGACAACCACGCCAGUUCGCCCAGGACCGGUUCUGGCACUGAAAGUCCAUUUCCCAGGAAACCCCUCAGUCCUGCCCAAAUGGGGACAGUUGGUCACCCAUUUCUGCGAGUGGCUAUGAAAGUCUGUUCUCACCCACUUGUGGUGGGUCGGGGGCAGCCUUGAACAUGCCAUCCGGUGCUCACGGGGUUGGCUGAGGGCCGCUCAGAGGAUCUCCCGAGGAUGAAGGGUUUUGAGCAUUAUGGAGAAGCUCCUUCCAAUCAGCUGCCUUCUAAAGCAGGGAUAAGAGCACCGCCCCCCCCCCGGGGCACAUCCCUGGGGAACCCACACACAUUCUAACCCCACCUCUCUGCACUUGGAGAGGCGGGCAGAUCCCACCCACCCGUCACUAGGACCAGGAGGCCAGGUGCCCUCCUCCACAACCUCGCAGCUUUCCAAGGGAAGCAGCUACUGCUGGUUCCACCUCUCCACACCCAGACACCGCUCCUUCUGAACUUUUGCUGGGACGUGCUGAGGUCACCCCAGGCAGGAGGGUCGGCUAAAUCCUAGCAGCUGCUCUCAGAUACCUUCACAUAGAAGAUGUCAGGGGUUCCAGGAGACUUCACAGACCAGCAAAGUGUGUCCCCCCUCCCUUUUGCCUGUGGGGACGGCCACAGUCACUUGUCAGUCAACAUUGAAAUGAUCCGGGAUGCUUCAGCCCUAGCUCUCUGUGCAGCCUCCAAUCUGGGCGGACAGAUGCACAGGUGCCUCUAAGGGACCAGGGGUAAAACCCAGGCCUAACUUAGCCACUGGGGGCCAUGCCAUGAAGUCUGGACUAGGGAGAUGGCAAGGUGCGAGAACUUGGGGUCUGCUCUGCGGGAGCCUCCCCUAGCCCCUCACUGUGCUGCGUGCUCGAGGAGGUGGGGCAGAGAGUCGCACCUCAUCACCCCGUUCUCUGUAGCGUCACUGCUCAAGCGUGAGGACCCAAGCUGUGAGCUGCGGCAGGGGCUUGUGCACAAGUGGCCUCUGCAGUCCAUCUUUUCUAGAAAAAGCAUCACUGGCUAACAGUGCAACAACUGGUUUGCGGUGGGUGGGUGUUCUGUACACAGGGCAGCUUUGCCUCGCCGGAUCGCAUACAUCUGCAAGUGUCCCGGCAUCAGAGUCCCUUUAAAGCAAAGAGGGGGCGGUGGUCCUGACGGCUUGGUGCUAAUGAGAUGGGUCCUCUGCUGCUGCUUUUACACUUCAAGAACGCCAAUGGCAACAGGAAAUGUAUCAGGAAUGAUGAGAAUUCUGUCCAAUGGGAAAGGCCCUGGUGUGUACUUGAUGGAUCCAUUGGCAUUCAGAGAAAAAGUUUAGGAGCCGACUUCUUAGUUGGAAGUCUAGCCAGCUUUGGGACCUCCCUGGGAAGAGGGUGGGCCCUGACUUAGUGGAAGACGGUGGAGCAAGGAGAGUUUAGGACACCCCAUCCCCCCAAACAGCAAAACUGAAGUUUACCCGCAAAUCUGCUGUUCCUGGAAAAUCUGUAAAGAGGAAAUAGCCCUUCUCAGUUGUACUCUCAUGAUACAGGUCAUUGAAAUGAACCAAGAAAUAAAAUGAAAAAAAUCCAACCAUGGAGAAGGUGGUAUUGGCUGGGUUUUGUUUGGUCCCCAUGUCCCCACCCUUUCUAAAGAUUCUAGACUGGUUUUGUCUCAUGUGAACCUUGAUGGUGGCUCCCAGUUUGGGCAUAGAGGAAACUUCAGUGAUUUCCCAGGGCACAAUUUAAGAACCGAGUAGGAAGACCAGAGUAGGAUGUUGGGUGGGAGGCCAUGGCAGGGCCUUAGAGGAGCCAGAAUCUGCACCCACCCCUGUGUCAGGGGCCUCCCUUCCCUCCAGACUCUCCCCUUCCCCUGCGCAGUUGGCGAAGGUGGAGGGGGGUUGUGGCGAGGGAAGGUAGUGACAAACUUGUGACCAGAAGACAGAGGGGCCCAUGCCCACGGAAGAUCACCAAAGAAAAGCACUAUGUGGAGAUUGUUUUAUUUUCUAAUAAUGAUAAUAUGGCUGGAAUGGCUUCUUAAGAUGUAUAUAUUUUUUAAAAUGGCGGUCCCUCAUCGCAUCACCCACGUGUACGUACUUCCACCUCUGUAUGUGUUCUCCCAAACACCCUAGGAUGCUUCCAUCCUGGUCCCAUGUAUCUGGAAUCUAAUAAAUAAGGA